CAUGAUUGUAGUAUAAAAUUAUUUCUUUGAUUUUUUUUCUAAGUAUAAUUUUGAUGUGUUACAUACAUUGGUUAAAUUAAUUUUAACUGAAUAUUUAUCGUUAAAUGUCGUUCAAACUGUUUGUAAACUUGUCAUCAAGAAAACAACAUCAAGGUGCAGUUCAUAUCUGAAGUUUGGGUGUAACUUUUUAACACGAUUCUGUCGUGCGUCUAGCUUAGGAUUCUUUUUUUAAUCUAUGAUAUGUGUAAAUUGUUGAUUUUAUUUGAUAAAAAUGUUGUGAUAAUUUCAAAAUUUUUUUAGAAUUCCUAAAUAAUAAGCACUAAAACUGUAUUUUGAAAUUAUUUUGCGGAAAAACUUAUAUGGCCAACCGGUUGUCAAAUGAGGAACUCCGAAAAGCACUCCAAGAUUACGGCGAGGACGUGGGCCCUAUCACCCCUACUACCCGAUCCACGUGGGAGAGGCGUUUGUUGGCCCUUCGAAAAAGCAAAGGUCUUACUCCUCCCAGAAACAACGCCCUCAAUGCAUUCAGUUCAGACGAUAGUGAGAUAGAAAAUGCUGUGACCAGUAUCGCCCGCAAGAAACGAACUUACACUCGAGCUAAUUCUGGGGAACGUUCAGAGAAACUGAGCUUAAUUCGUCCUCGAGAAAUCAACUCAUCGCCUGAUAGUGAUAUUUUUAAAAAACCCGCGGCCAUUCCCAUACCAGUACUAAGUCAAGAAAAGAGAUCCCAUUCUUAUCAUCGAACUACUCAGAACAGUAAUCGAAAAGGUAAAAAGGAUUCUUCAAAAAGUUCAUCCUAUGAUAUUGAAACUUCAGAUUCCGACCUUGAUGCUGCUGCUGAGAGUUCCUUUUCAAAAUCUCCUCGUUUGAGGAGGAAGCCAUUGGGGUCAAAUUUUUCCACAGAUUUGCAUGGCAUAGGUCUGAGGCGCACAGAUGAUGCUUCAACAAGUUACAGUAGCAUCUUUCAGAGGAAAUCUCUGAAUGCCAGCUGGACUCCUGAACCUGAUAAAAAUUUUCAUCGUUUUAGUCCAACGUUGGACCGUCUUAAGAGAGAACACACAAGCCCAGCCUAUCAAUCGAAUGGCUACCUUUCCAGUACCAUAUCCAAUGGGGACUUCCCAGAGGAAAAGACUGUACAAGGAUCAAGUACUAACUACUCACACUGUGUAUCAUGGUUUUUACUUCUGGGAGCCAUUGCAUUUUUUGUCACCAUUGGCUUGGUCUAUAUGACAGAGGUGCAAAAAACAACACUUUCAGCCAACAAGAAUUAUUCAAAAUUCUGUAUUGAAGUGAAUGAGGAUCAAUGCAAAUCACUCAUUUUGAUGUCUAGAGAACUGCAUUAUCUUCUAACCACUGUUGCAGGCAAUUUUGAAUGUGGUUAUGCAAAGAGUAGAAAUUUAACUGUUCAAGAAGCUAGAGUAAUCAUGAGAGACCUUUUGAGUGCAGAUAGCAGUUUUAAGAUGGAAGACUUUGACACUGUUUUUAAUCAUUCUCUUUCUUUAUUUAAGAAUAAUCCAAAAUGGGGAGUAAAAUGCCUCUCUUUGUCUGAGGAGAUUUCAGCCUUGGCUCGUCAUUCUCAGAUAGAUUAUAUCAGUGCCUUGGAGGCUACACAAGCAGCAAAGUCUCUUUGGUGUCGCAUCCGUCUUUCUAUUGCUAGUACUGUCACCAAGAUCCUUAUUAUGUUGGCAAUUGGCCUUCUUUUGUUUCUAAUGUUUCUUUUUGUAAAGUACUGGAAAAAGAGGAGAGAAGCACAAGAAAAAUUAUUUUAUGAAAUGGUCGAAAGAGUUAUUGAUAUUUUACGAGAUUCUGGGGAUUCUUCUCAAAUCGAUUCUCUUUCUGGCUCAUGCAAAGCAGUUGUAAACGUCAGAGAUGCUUUGAUACCACCUAAGGAUAGGAAGGCCAAAUUGUGGCUGUGGGAUCGUGUUGUCUCAUUUAUUGAAGAAAAUGAAUCUCGUGUGUCAGUUGAGUAUCAGAAAAUCAACGGAGAGGAUUUCAAAGUUUGGAGGUGGAACCCAAGCACAACAACUGAGAAUGAAGGUACAAAACAAGGAAAAGUAUGGCAAGGACAAGCCUUUUGUAGUUUAGGUAAAGGCAAGAAUGCCUACACGCCUACACCCUGUUUGAAAAUCAGAAAUAUGUUUGAGCCUGAAGUAGAAUAUGGUGAUGCUUGGAAAGUUAGCAUACGAGAUGCAAUUUUGGAAAAAUGUGAAGGAAAUAAUGGAAUAGUACACAUAGCAUUUGAUACUACGACCAAUAAUGAGGGGUGUGUCUUUAUGCUAUGUAAAUCUUUAGAAGCAGCCGGAAAAGCAUAUAAUGAUCUCCAUGGAUGGUGGUUUGAUGGUAAAUUGGUGACGGUGAAGUACCUCAAAUUGUCCAGGUACCUGGAGCGUUUCCCUGAGGCCGAUCAGUGCACAGAGCCUCUGAAGCCUUCCAACAAUAAACGGCUCUCCAUGUCAACACCCUUCUUCUCCUCUGCCCUGGAGCGCUCCUGAGACUUUUAUUUUUUCUAAUCUUCCCCCUUUUCCAAGUUUUUAAAAUGACUAGCCCUUAGUGCUCUCUCUAUCUCUCUGUUUCAGCAAUAUGUGCAUAGUAAACACACACAACCAUGCAUUGGAUAAUAAAAAUGUAUUAUAAAUGUU